CGAAAAGUAGUUUUAAGAGUACUAGUUACUUUAACUGGUCGCGGAGGGAUUUUUAUCCUCGUGCUACAUUCAGAGACGUCAUCACUCUGCGCCUGUGUUUACAGACAGCUAAGGAAUAGUGGUUUCUUAUACUAUAAUUUUACUUUAAUCAAUGCGUCAUCUUUAUUUAAAUCUAAAAUCUACACUUUAAGAUAAAAAAUAAGUCAUAGACAAAUUAUCAAUGAAAUCCAAAGGUAUCAUUAAAAGCUUUUUUACGAUUUACGUGAUCGGGGAAUGAAAAUUAAACGGCUGUCAAACGUAAAAGUUAUCUGUACAUUUCAAAAAUUAGACUUUUAAAGCUCUUAUUGUAACAUGGAUGAAGAAGAUGAUCUGGAGACACUCGGAGAACAGCUGUACACCCUGAUUUACCCCAAACACAACGAGGAGGCGGGGAAACUUACAGGGAUGCUGUUGGAGCUGCCAGCGUCUGUGCUCACCAAGAUGCUGCAGGACGAGGCCUUACUGACUGCAGCGGUGGAGAAAGCCCACACAGCCCUGCAGCUGGUUCAGGAGCCCAGUGGGGUAGUGAGCAAGGAUGAAGACGACGCAUCUGCAUCUUCGGACUCUCUGGGGGAGCAGCUGUUUGAACUGGUGGACGUGUUCAACACCGGUCACUCCCAAAAAAUCACAGGAAUGCUUCUGGAGCAGCACAAAGAUGCAGUCUUGCAGCUUCUUUCAGACUCCCACCUGCUGGAGGAGCAGGUGACUCUGGCCCUGAAGAUACUAAAAGAGCAGAAUGCAGAGGAGACGGAAAACGGCGGCUUGUCAGACGCCGAGGACAAAGACAGACUGGGGGAGAAGCUCUUCUCCCUCGUGGAGGAGAUGGAUCCACUUCAUGCUAAUGACAUUACAGGAAUGCUCCUGGAGAUGAACCCCUCUGCUCUCCAGCAGCUGCUUGGUGAUCACUCCAUGCUGGAGGUUGCCGUCAAAAAAGCACAAUCUGCCUUGGAAGCAGAAAGCUGAACAUUCUCGCCCUCUGCUGAGGAAACUCUGAAAAAAUGCAUAAACGUGAAAACAAUCAGAGGCUCUGCAGUGGAGCAGUGUGUGGAUCUAGUGGAAGUGUUGUUCUAAAUGCUGCCAAACGUGAUCAGUUUUUGUACUGUACGUAUAAUUCCUCAAGUAUAUUUGCAAUAAGAAGCUAUGCUCUUGAUUUUUAGCUAUUGUGGUCAUCCUAUGGGACCAGAACUAAUGGAUGUUUUGCACAGAUUCUUCUUCAUGGUAGCAAGAAGUAAAGAAUUACAAAUGUAUAUUCACAAGUCAUUAAAAAAUGGCCCAUAACUCAUUAAAAUGUGACUUUUUAAGUGUA